CCUGCGCUCGGCUCUCCCUCUCCUCCAAGAAGCUUCGCCAGCCGCGGGCUUCUCCCAGCGCCCCGCGCCUUGACGCCCCGCGCGGUGCAUCCGUCGAGCAGGAUGGAGGGCUGCCUGGGAGAGGAGUCUUUUCAGAUGUGGGAGCUCAACCGGCGCCUGGAAGCCUAUCUGGCCCGGGUCAAGGCGCUGGAGGAGCAGAAUGAGGCGCUGAGCGCGGAGCUCGGGGGACUGCGGGCCCAGUCCGGGGACGCGUCCUGGCGUGCGCGCGCCGACGAGGAGCUGGCGGCCCUGCGCGCCCUGGUCGAGCAGCGCUGGCGAGAGAAGCACGUGGCCGAGGUGGCCCGCGACAACCUGGCCGAGGAGGUGGAGGGCGUGGCGGGCCGGUGGCAGCGCCAGCGCGAGGCCCGCGAGCGCGUCGAGGCGGCGGCGGCCCGCAGCCGGCGCGAGUUGGACGACGAGCAGCGCGCCCAGGGCUGGCUCCGCGCGCAGGUGGCCGAGCUGCAGGGCGAGCGCGAGGCCCUGCGCGCCGCGCACGACGAGGAGCGCGCGGGGCUGAACGCGCAGGCGGCGGCCCGCACCCCGUGCCGCCCCGCGCCGCCCCGCGCGCCCCCCGCGCCGGCCCCCGAGGUGGAGGAGCUGGCGCGACGGCUGGGCGAGGCGUGGCGCGGCGCGGUGCGCGGCUACCAGGAGCGCGUGGCCGACCUGGAAACGUCGCUGGGCCAGGCCCGCGAGCGGCUGGGCCGGGCCGUGCAGGGCGCCCGCGAGGGCCGCCUGGAGCUGCAGCAGCUCCGGGCCGAGCGCGGCGGCCUCCUGGAGCUCAGGGCGGCGCUGGAGCAGAGGGUGGACAGCCAGUGGCAGGAGCGGCUGCGGGCCACCGAGAAAUUCCAGCUGGCUGUGGAGGGCCUGGAGCAGGAGAAGGAGAACCUGCAGAGACAGAUUGCUCAGAUCCUGGAAGGCCGGCAGCAGCUGGCCCACCUCAAGAUGUCUCUCAGCCUGGAGGUGGCCACCUACAGGACCCUCCUAGAGGCGGAGAACGGCCGGCUGCAGCCUCCUGGCCUUGGGUCCAAGGCUGCUGUGUGCUUCCCAGGCCCCAAGCUGGAGCUGCCUUUCCCUGAGACGCCAGGCGGCCGGCUCACGGGGCCUCUGCCCCCCAGCCUCAGCCCCUCCAUCCUCUCCUCGCCCUUGCCUAACUCCCUCGACACGCCCAGGCCAGCUUUCCUGAAGAGCCAGGAAUUCCUCCAGGCCCACACCCCGACCUUGGCCAGCACCCCCAUCCCCCCCACCCCCCAGAUCCCCUGCCCUGCUGCAGAGGCCCUGCUCGGAGCCCAGGGCGCCCCUCUCUCCCUGCUGCAGCCACAGUCACAGGUGGGCGAGCAACAGGCACCAGAGGCCCCACAGGCCGCGGUCUCUGCCAGCCGCCUGCCAGGACCAGAGGAGCCUGGGGGUGAGCCUCAGGAGGCCAGAGCAGGCCUGUCCCCCACACACUCCGCGGCCCCAUCCCUCAGCCCGGAUGCCCCCAGUGCAGAGGCCAGAGAUGAAGAGCCCAGUGGGGUUAGUGUGUUCAGCAGGGUGCAGGAGGAAGGGGAAGGGCCGUUGUGGGAGCUGCCGGAGAAGGAAACAGUGCUGGAGGCCCAAAGGGCAAGCAGCCUACAGCGGGAAGUGUGGGGAGAUGAGGGGGGGCUGGGCCUGAGGGAAACCGGGGACCCCCAGGAGCCCAGGGAAGAAGAGGCCACGGGGGCUCUGCAGCAGGAGACUCCGGGGAAAGAGGACCACGAGAGCCUGCGGUCCCCAGAGGAGGAGGAGGAAGAGGAGGAUGAAGAACCACUGAGAUUUUCAGAUGGGCCCUUUGAAACACCGCAAAGUCUGGGAAAUGACAGUGGGGAGCCGCCGGAAUCCUUAGCAGAAAGGGAUGGAGGAGGAACGAGUCCUCCAGAAAAAGGGACACACGAACACUUUCAGGAAACGCACAUGUUUUCAGGAAACGAGGCCCCACCGGCACCGCUGCUUCUUGAGGAGGAUGAAGAAGGAAUCAGAUCUCGUGAAAGUGAUGGAGAGACACGCUGGGGUCCAGGGACGGAAAUGCAAGAGGCAGGGAGGUCUCUGGAAGCGGAGAGCAGAGAGGCCUGGAGACAGCUCGAAGAGGGGAGUCAGGAGUUGCUGAACUGCCCAGAAGCCGAGAACCAGGAGGCUGAUUUAUCCGCAGACAAAGAGAAUCAAGAGCCACCGAAGGAGGCGCUCGAAGAUGCACCGCAGGAGACGUGGGGACCUGCAAAGGAGAUGCAGGAGCCCCUCAGCACGCCCUCAGGUGGGGACCCAGAGACCUGGGCAGCGCUGGAGAAAGAGAAGCAAGAGCCACUGAGGGCUCCUGAUGAGCAGAACCAGCAAGAUGAGGGGGCUCUGGAGAGCGGGGCUGGGCAGCCGUCGGGGGUCCUGGGAGAUGGCAGAGAGCAGGCGUGGACAGCAGAGCCACCGGCCUCUCCUGGGCAGGACUCGGAGCCACUGAACCCUCUUGAAGAAGUGACUCAGGAGUCGUGGUCCCAGGAAGAGGGGAGUGCAGAGACCGUGAGAGCCUCGGGAACGGAGACUCACGGACUGCUAGGGUCUGCGAGAGAAGAGCUGGGCAUGGCUGCCCCUCCAGAAACACCAGAGCCCACGUGGCCUCGAGAAGACCUGAGUCAGGAGUCGGCAGAGCCUCUGGAGAAGGGAGCUGAAGACUCCCUAGGGUUUGUGGAGGAGAAGCAGCGGCCACAGAGAGCACAGGACGAGCAGAGCCAAGACUCCCUGAGCUCACCGGAUGAGGCAGACGAGGAAGGGGCCGGGGGCCUGGCAGAGAAAGUGAGGCUGGAGCAGGAGGAGGAGCAGGAGUCACCUAUGUGUCCACAGGAGAAACUGCUCCAGUCUGCAGCUGAGGAUCUGCAGAGAUGGGCAGAUGGGGGCGGGAGAGAACAGGCAGCUUCAGGGAGGGCCGGAGCGGACAGUGAUGAUGAGCCGGACCUGGGCUUGAGGGAGAGCCCAGCAGGGAAGGAGUCUUUGGGGCAGGAAGGGGUGCUGCUGGCCACCGCAGGAGGCACCGGGCCCACUGAAGAGGGCCACCCCAGCAGCCCGGGACCCGAAGAGCAGGCCCCAGCCCAGGGCGCCCUCGGGGAUGGAGGCGCUGAGGGGGCCCUGGGGGCCUCAGACCUGGCUGUUCCCCAGGAAGGGCCAGAGGGCGUAGGGCCAGUGUGGAGCAAUGUAGAGGCUGCCCCGUGGGGCUGUCCACAGGUCACCUGGGGGGCAGAGGCAGCUAUGGGGACCUCUGCUGUUGGAGAGGGCCAGGAGCAGGGGCUUGGCGACCUGGGGGAUGCAGGUCACCAGGCCAGGGAGGAGGUGGGGGAGGAAGUUUCAGAGGAGGCGAGGCUACAAGUCGCGGAAGAAGCCAGGGAAGGUGUAGGGGCGACUCUGGAGUCGGGGUUCUCACCACCACUUGGGAGGGCCUGGGACCCCGCAGACACGCCCACGAGCUGGGAGGAGCCCAUCCCUGGGCACCAGGAGCGGGGUGACACCCCUCAGCCCGGGCUCCCUGGGGACCAGGAGCAAAGUGACACCCCUCAGCCUGGGGUCCCUGGGGCAGUGAUGAAAACUGCUGAGGCUGAACCCCCAAAGCCCCUGUCUCCCACUGAGGUCCCCCAAGACAGCCUCAAGCCCCAGCCCUGGGCAGAGGGAGGCCAGGAGGCCUAUGGAGGGCUAGAGGACAAAGUGGGAGCUCUGGGGGUGGAUGGUGAGCAGGAGCUGGGUUCUGGGGGGCUCCUGGAGGAGGAGGAGGAGGAGGAGAGCAGAGACGAGAGUGAGGCUGACGAGCUCAGCGAGACCCUGCCGGACUCCACCCCUCUAGGCCUCUACCAAGGCUCCCCAGCCUCCCCAGUCUGGGCCCCAGCUGGAGAGCAGAGGCCCUCCCCUCCGGGUGACACCCUGGAGGAGCAGCCCCCCACUGCCCUGGCCCAUGAGGGCCUACAGAGCCAGCCUUGGGCGGAGGAGCAAGAGGAGGAAGGGGGCCGUGAGUCUGAGCUGUCAGAGGAGUUUGAGGACCUGGCCACUGAGGCCUCUCUCCUUCCUGGGGCCCCCCGGGGGCUCACAGACCCCCAGGAGCAGGGGUUCCCGAGGGAGCCUGCAGCCUGGGAGGGCGAGUCUGAUGGGUUUGCUGAUGAGGAGGAGAAUGGGGAGGAUGGAGAGGAGGACAAGUCUGGGGACAAGGACUUGGGUAUCCCAGGGGACGCAGGCUGGGGGAACACUGAGACCUCGAGCUCUAAGGAGGACUCUGACUCUGUGCCCUCGGGGAAGGACCCCCUGCUCCUUCUCGGGGUGGGGCAGGUGGGCCUAGAUGCGGGGAUGCCUCUGGGGGUGAAUGGCCAGGGCCCCAGCUUGCAGGAGGAGCUGGAGCACGUGAAUGGGGGAGUGAUGAACGGGCUGGAGCCAGCCGAGGAGGGUGGCCAGGGGAAACUGGGGACCACGAUGGGGGAUCAGCAGGGCCCCCUGGAGGAGGUGGCAGGCACCCUGAAGACCCCUUGGGCAGGGGCUACCCUGAAUCUGGGCCCAGGGCAGUUCCUACAGUUUACCCAGGGGGAGGGGGAGGGCGACUCCUGGUCCUCCGGGGAGGACUGAAGCAGGUCUUGGCCCGGCCCUAUGCAGGUCUGCACCCAACAUGAUCUCUUGACCCAUGGCUUCUGUCUGAGGGGCCUGACCGGUCAAAGUGAAAUGGAGUGUGGCCAGAGGACCGUUCCAGGCAGAGGGGACCCUGAGACUAGAGGCUGCCCCCAGAUCCCACAGAGUGGUCUCACAGC